AUGCUAGGCAGUGUGCAGGCACGCGACCUCUGGAGUCUGGAGCAAGCACCAACAACGCGUGGAGACCAGCUGUUCAAGUUGACUGAACGCUAUGGCUGGUGCUGGUUGGCUAGGCUACAGUCACAAGCGACACCCGAGAUGUGCCAGCCUGUCACUGUCCCGAGCCCGCCCAAUCAUGAAUUCUCGGAGACGCCUACAGUGGACUUUGCACCUUUGUUCAACCCGGCUGAAUCAUCAAAUACCGCCAGUGGCCGCGAAACCGGCGAAACCGAAUUCGGCAGCUCAGCAAUUCUGCUUGUGCAUGGCCUGAGGCCCGGCGGCGGAAAGACGCGUAAACCAGGCCCACGACGGACCGAAUCUUGGACAAAUUUGAAAUCUCGCUCGAAGCUCCAUUGCUGUGGCGCAGCCUCUCUGAGUAUGUCAUUUGUACCUGCUCAUUGGUCACAAGCAUCAGAGACAAAAGAACCAUUGGAGAAACAACUUGAAGCAGCCACGGUCAGGCCGAGAUCAACUGUGGCUGCUAUCCGGCAUCAGAUGUUUUCCUUGCGCGCUCUCCAUGGACAGUCUCGCUGUACCGUACUGCUCCCACCGAAUCACACUGCAUUGCGUGUACAAGCCCUACCAAAUCCCAGCAUGAACCUUCCUACUUCGUUUCGAGUCCUUGGCUUCUCGGCUGAUAUGUAUGGAGCGAAACGAGAUCUUCCGCUACAAGACGAGGAACCGGCACGGGAGAUUCGGAAGACGUAUACUGACAGCAGUCGCGAGAAUAGCAUCAUAGUAUCACGACUUGACAUGGAUCUUCUCCCAACAACGAUUUACAGUAUGUACAACAUUCCAUUGAUAGAAACAAUGUACACCAGAACAAGCACACCUUGCACGAAGUCUUUCGCUUGCCUCAUCAAUUGCGACGAUGAGGUGAAUGCGUCGCUACACGCGCUGCGUUACAACGUCGCACGUCUCAACGAAGAUAAUAAACUUUGGGCCCGUUACGUUGCCCUGUUUUCGUAG